CACUUCUUAUCGCAGAGUAGAAAGGCGUGUUCUUCCUUUUUCUGGUGACUUUUAAGUGAAGGCACAGGCUGGUUGUCUAGUUCAUUAUACUCCAGACAGCCUUGGUACCGACAGCUUUUUAAGAAGUGAAGAGCAUCAAUAGCAAAGUCGACAAUGUCGCAAGAACAGCUAAUGGAGAACGAAGCUACCCCACCGGGAGAGCACACCGUUCUGAUUAGGAGUGAAAGAGACUCCUCCAAUCGUGGCUGGAAGAUCGGUGGAUUCACCUUACUGGGGCUGCUUCUGAUUGCUGGCCAGGCGAUCACUGUUUACUUUGUGAUGGCGCAGAAGGGACAGAUCUCCUCCCUGCAGGAACACACAGACAUACUGAAGAAACAGCUCAACAACCAGCAGCAUGCUCCCCUGUCUCCUCCCAAGAAGCUGCGUAUGCCCAUGUUCAACAUGCCCAUGCUGGUCAGCGACUCUGCUGAUGAGAAGCCCAAGAAGAUCCCCAUGACGCCCCUUGAGGACACAGCCACAGUGAGCCUGGAGAAGCAAGUCAAGGGCCUGCUGCAGCAGGAGGACCCUGACCAGACCCUGCCCCAGUUCAACGAGACUCUGCUGGACAACCUGAAAAGCCUGAAGGAACAGAUGAAUAGCUCCGAUUGGAAGGGUUUUGAGUCCUGGCUCCGUCAUUGGCUGAUCUUUCAGAUGGCCCAAAAGAAACCAGCUCAGCCCACCAUAGCUCCAGUGCAGACCACCACCCCUAUGGAAGAGUCUGGCGUGCAGUCCAAGUGUCAGCUGGAAGCCUCAUCCCCCUCUGUUCAUCCCGGUGUUUACCGUCCGCAGUGUGAUGAGGAGGGCAACUACCUGCCCAAGCAGUGCUGGUCCAGCACCGGAUACUGCUGGUGUGUGGACAAGAAUGGAGACGAGCUGGCCGGAACCAGAACCCGCAGUGGUCUGGACUGCAACUUUGGCCUGCGCAGGUUGGCGAUGCCCAGCUUUCCUGCAAUGAAGAUGAUCGAUAAGGAUAACUAGACGGAGCCUGCAGGAGGCCGGGAGCAGCCGCUCCCAAGCUGAUGUAAUCAUUAAAACCCGCUAACCACAGCUUGAUAAACAGCUUUUGAAGUUGAUUGCUGACCAAAAAAGGAAACUCUUUUAAGUUAACCGUUAACUUUUUAUUAAGUUUAAGUUUUUAAGAAAUUAACUCUUUUAUUGCAAUCAGUAGUCGUAGUAGUUGCUAUUAUAGGGACCCCUAUUGGAGUGGCUGACCCAAGAUGGACUUUUCAAAAUUAGAAAUCCAUGUAACAGCUCAAUAAAGAUUGAAUUAAAGUUCUGAUGAAAAAGUGUUUGACUCAUUUACCAUACACCAUAACCCAGGUGAUACAAAUGUGAAGCUUUAAAUAUUUACAAAUUGUAAGUAUCAGUGCAAUCUGGCCCCUGUUGAGAGGAGCUGUUUUAACAAGGACCAUGUAGUUCUUUAAAGAUGUGAAAACUGAGGAAUUUGAACUAGAACUUCAGUCCACAAAAUUGGAAAGUCAUUCCUGUUGGGUCACCUUAUGCAUAUUUAGAUGAUAAGUAAUACUUUUAUUUUGAAAUAUUUUCUGUUUUUAAUGUUACACUUUACUUUACGGCAGUGAUGGAUUGUUCAUUUUACAUAUUAGGCAAUAUAGAAUCUUGCCAUACAUGCGGUUUGCAUGACCAAAAACUCUCUGGUACUUCCGCUAUCUUUAUAAAUACAUAAUUCCAGUAAACUCUUUCUGCUAUGUACUGAGAUAAAUUUCAGUGGAAAUAUGGUGUGCGAUUGAGGAGCUUGAUCAGAAAGCAUUAGCAAGUGUGUACAUAAAUGUGCAUAGUGUGUCCUACAAUGAAUGCUUUAUAUCUGAAUCCUGUUCCCCUGAAAUAAAAGUGUGGCAAGUUUAAACAUUUUACAAAAUGUACAACAUUUACAAAUGUUCACUGCAGUUAGCUUUUUUAAAACAGUUCAAAUGGAUUAAGCCAUGCUUGAAGUUCAAGUAUUACUGUUAUGCUUCCUCCUAAUAAAUAAGUUAAGUUUUCUAUCGUUUUUAAUUAUAUAUUGUAUGUUUGUUUUUUUUCUAUGUAUCUAAUAUACUUUUCCUGGAAGAAGCUAGAUGGAUUAAGAAUGGUGCAAUGAGAAAUGUAGCACUGGAAUUGUUUGAAAUGAUUGUAUUUGCUCUGGGCUGAAAUAAAAGGAGGUUGUUCUAACACA